UCUUGUUUUAUUUCAUGGGACGUCAUGGCUGCAAGUAGGAACUUUUUAGACGAUAUAAGGAAGGAGUUAGAAUGCCCUGUGUGCCAGGAACAAUUCAGUGAACAAAGUGAACCGAAAAUUCUCAAAUGUCAGCACACGUUCUGUCAAUCCUGUCUCAACGACUGGCUACGAAAGCAUGGUGGAGGAAGGUUGAGCUGCCCAAACUGUCGAGUGAUUACCGAAUGUCCUGACAACAAUAUUGACUGCUUACCGACCAACCUUACAUGUAGGAAUCUAGGAGAUAUCUUAAAAGCUCAUGGUGGCUCAAAUAACGGUGACUGUAAAGAUAUCAGAUCACAGGAAGAGAACAUUUGUAAGCGCCAUAAAAAGAAUCUCGAACAUUACUGCGAGCAGUGCCAGAUUUGCAUAUGCUCUGACUGCGUCAUUGUUGAACAUCGUGAUGCGAACACUCACAAAAUCGUGUCUGUAGAAGAUAGAGCGAAGAUACAAGGAGCACUUAUCACAGAAAAACUAAGAUCCGUUGAUGCGAAUACUUCUCAAUUGAGGAGUGAUAUUGCUACGUUGGUAGAGAGGAGAGAGAAAUUUAACAACAACAUAGAUCAAGCGACGAAAGUGGUCCGUAAGGUAGCUGACAGCUAUUUAAAUAUAAUUCGCCAGCAUGAAACAAGCGUGACGGAAAAUUUGGCGAGGGAGAGAUCGCUUUAUAAUGAUGUUGUUUCCCAGGAGUUGUCGAAACUCACCGAGAAACUAGAAAAAAUGGCUGAUGUUGCGAUCCGUGGUAGAGCGAUUCUUGAAAACCAUAACAUAGAGGAAAUGAUAAGCGUCGAACAAAUUCUCGAUGAACUGAUUUCAGAGAAAGUUUCAACAUUGCCUGGCUAUCCAAACCUAAAUACAUCCCAAAUGCAGUCCCUCGGAAUUUCACCACAGGAAAGUUGUAUAUAAGUCAAACAGAACCUUCUUUGAGUGUUGUUACUGGUGAAGGCCUGACAACGGGUAUUCAAUGGCAGGAAGCUAAUUUUAUAGUAACAACAAAGGAUGCAAAGGGCCUGACAACUUACAGUGAAAUUGACAAGGUCGCUGUUGAGGUUACAUCUGUACGGAAGGGAAUCAAAAACAUUCCAGUUGUUAUAAAGGACUUGAAAGACGGUCGCUAUUCUGUGUCCUACACACCGAAUGCUUCUGGCGAAUUCGGGGUCUCAAUCAAAGUACGAGAUGAACUAAUCCGAGAGAGUCCCUUUGAACUGUUCAUUCACAAAAGUCUGAAGCCUAAAGUCUUUAAAGGAGCUAAAUGUCAAGAUAAGACAGAACGAUAAUGUAAUAAUGAAUUAUUAACUUCAAAAGUGAAUUUUAGCCUGCUUCAGGCCAUACUGAAGAUGUCGAUCUACUACCUUUUGCUGUUCCGGAGAAAUGAGGCCCAGUUCGGACGUCAUUGCUCCUGCCGUGUCAAACUCAAUCCAAAAACCAAAGUAAACAAAAGUAUGGCAGAAGCACGGUGUCUGAAUUAAACUUUUUUAUUAAGUUCAGCAAGCAGUUAAGUUCGACAAGCUCUACCUUGCUACACGACUCUGGUGCGACAGCGAUUCAAACGUCAUGCCUUCACCGAGCCAAACAAAAUUCAUAAAUUAUGUUAAUGUAUCUUGGUGGGAUUGCGGUUUUCGGAGAAUGAAUUGUUACUUUGCUUAAGUAAAUCCUUGAUUUCGUACGACUUUAGCCCGAUGUACGAUUCAGAGUAGUGUUUCUGCCGUGCAGAAGCAGAAGCGAGGCGUCUGAACCGGGCCUGAAUUACACUUUCUACCCAUUUUCGUUCAUGUACGUUCCCAAGAUUUCGAAGUUAAAAAGAUCCUAAAAGAAGAAUGUCAUGGAGGCUUUUGGAUUAAGGCUGGGAUGCUGAGUUGCCUCUAUUUAUCUUUAGGCCCACAGUUACCUUUUGCAGAACAGGGCUAAAAAACGGGGCAACAAAAUGGCCGCACUGAACAAUCCAAACUUUGAUUUUUGUUUUUUAGAUUUUUAGUCUUGACUUUCAGCGAAGAAACGAAUUUUUAAGCGCGAUGAUAUGGAUCUUUUUUUGUUAGGCCUUCAAUAAUACUUUAAUAAUAAUUUUUUGUCUUUCGCGAUCGAUGGGAU